AGCAAACCCACAAAACCCCUUACAAACUAAAAACACAACCGAAAUCGAACUUGAAGAAAGAUGGCUUUGAAGAGGAUUAACAAGGUGAGCCUCCUCUUCUUUCUUCUUUCUCUUUGGGUUCCAAUCUCUUCACCGUCAUUCUAUCGUACACCAUACCGUCGGUUAUGCAAUCCGGAGUAUGUGUCGGAGAGCGGUCUGUGGCAAGAAGGCAAUACGGCUACAAGUCACACUCGACAGGGCGGGUCACUUGACCGAGGAAGGAUGAGAUUACAAAGCUCGGACCGGUUCCCGGGAGAUGGAAUGUACUGGCAUGUCCUUUGGACGCUCGAGCUUGAUACCGCUCGGAUGAAGGACCGGCUGGGGUCGAUGGGAGGGUCGUCUGCUUCCUUUGGGGAUUGAGUUGUCGGCGUCUUGUCAUUCGUCAUCCCCUUCUCUCUCCCAUCUCCCAUGCUCGAUACCAACACAAUUGAAAAGCAACACCUGCUGAGCAUACCUCUUUCUUUCCCAAUUCAUUUUGCUGCCCUUAGGAACUGACCGACCUCGGUCGAGACCCACCGUCUUCCUGCAGCGCCGGCCCGG